AUGGAGACCAACAUUAUCCGGCCUCUGGGUCAGCUCGAGACAUACCAUUCCACUAGACAGUCUAUGAGUCUCUAUCCAUUUGCAGCACAGACAUGCCAGUAUACAUCCCCAAGUACCAUGGCCACUGAGACUUGUAAGCAGGUGAUCAAAGCAGCACUUGUGCAAGUCGUGCUAGCACACCCAGCUCUACAAGUCGGGAUCGGCGCCGCAGACACCAAUGGGCCCUCCUUUCUUCGGCUACCGUCUCUGGAUGUUUCUAAUCACCUGGAAUGGAGGAGCCUGUCUCAAACGGCCCCCGCUUCCUACGAUGACGCUGUAAUCAAAGCCAUUGAAAAAGAGCACACAAAGGAUUGGCACGAUGUAGCGACUCGCCCUGCGUGGAAACUAACCGUUUUCCAGAGUCUCGUACCCGAAGACGGGUCGGGGUUCACUUUCGACUUUCUUUUGGCGGCACAUCAUUCUAUUGCUGACGGGAUCAGUUUGGGUAUCUUUCACACCUCUCUACUAGCUGCAUUAGACGAGGCAUCAGGGAAUCUAGUCCAGGUGGAGGAUUUGGUCAUUUUGCCAGCAACCUCUGCCCUCACACCUUCACAGGAGGAUAUCAUGAAUUUCAAGAUCUCAAAGUCGUUUCUCAUUAAGACCCUUUGGGGAGAGUUUGCGCCCUCGUGGCUCCAGGGGAAACCCUCUGCCCUGCCUUGGACUGGCGCGCCAAUCACUCUGCGACCUCGGCCACAACAUACGCGGCUGAUCACCUUCCCCGAAGAGGUCGUGUCCCGGCUCCUCGAUGCCUGCAGAUCGCACAAGACGACGUUAACCCCGCUGCUUCACGCACUCAUCGCUGUGUCAAUGUCGCAGAGACUGCCUGAAGAAACGACGACUGGGGGUAUGGCAGCCGCGACAGUUAUUGGGCUUCGUCCCUACGCAGAUAAAUCGAAAAUCGCGCACGACAUGGACCUUAAUAGAUCCAUGGGCGACCUUACGACCGCUUAUACACACAGAAUCAGCCCAUCCACGAUUUCAGAACUGCGAGAUGGCAGCCAAGGCUCAGAUGAUUCGGCGAUCUGGGCCCUGACUACGAGGCUAGGCUCGGAGGUUAAAAGCCGUCUUGCGACGUUGCCGGAGGAUGAUAUCAUUGGUCUGCUGGCGUGGGUGUCGGAUUGGUUCAAGAGAGCCAACGAAAUGCAGGGCAAGCCGCGAGACACGACUUGGGAGGUUUCGAACCUUGGAUCCAUGCCUUGUCGGCCUGCUCGCACCGGAGCUGGAAACGAUGGGUGGACCCUACGACGCUCGAUUUUUACGCAGUCUGGUAAUGCCAUCGGUGCGGCUUUUGCCGUAAAUGUCUCUAGCGUUGCCCAAGGCCCAUUGACUUUGACGCUGACCUGGCAAGAUGGCAUUGUUGAGGGGGCAUUAAUGGAUGGGUUGGCCAAGGACUUGGACUCGUGGUGCAAGCGGCUCGAAAAGUCUGGUGAGUUUAGGGCCUUUUGA